GAGGGACUCGGAAGCUGUUCGUCGGGACGCAACAAUGAUGUGGCUGCAGCAAGUGGUUCUUCCUCUCAUCAGACUGUAUAUGUGCGGCAUUAAAGUUCUUCUCUAUCAGAUGUUCAACAGAUCUUUCACGCUGCCAGGUGCUCACUAAACGAAGGCAUCCGAGUGGAUUGCUAACCAAAGGAACCAAUGGAGGGGAAAAGCUCUGGACCUUCGUGCUCUGGCCUCAAUUUGGUCGCACACCCACGAGCAAAAAGCAAAGUCUGGAAAUACUUUGGCUUUGACACUGAUGCAGAUGGCUGCAUAUUGCACUGGAAACGGAUUUACUGUCGUGUUUGUAUGAGUCAAAUUGCUUACUCUGGAAAUACCUCCAAUCUGUCGUACCACCUUGAGAAGAACCAUCCAGUACAGUUCAGUGAGUUUUUGAGGAGUAACUCAGAUCACAUGCGUGAGGCAUUCGCCACAGCAUUCUCCAGGAUAAAGACGGAGCCUUCAGUUCCCCAUGGUCAGCAACAAUCCCAGGACACUAAUUCAAGGCAUACCUUAGACUACGAAAACAGACGACACAAUGAUCUGACAACAGCUAUAAUCAACUUCAUCUGUGAGGGCCUGUACCCUGUAUCUCUAGUUGAAGAGCGUACCUUUAAGAGCUUAAUGAGUACUGUCGAUCCCGGGUAUUCUCCACCCAGUAAAAGUGACCUGGCAGCUAAAAUGGUUUCCCAGACAUAUUGCCAGAUCAGGGACAAGGUCUUCAGUGAGCUUGCUGAAGUUGUGAACUGUGGAGUAACUACAGACCUGUGGCAAAGUCAAACCCAGAACAGAACAUACAUUUCACUCUCUAUGCAUUCUGUUAAUUACAAUAGUACAUCGGGUUUCUCCAUGACCAACAAGUGCCUCAAAACAUUUGAAGUACUAGAUGACAACACGGCCGAGAAUAUCACCAGAGCGAUGUAUGAAGCCUUUGUUGAAUGGGGGAUAACUCAUAAAGUCAGUGGUGCCACCACAAAUGGUUCAGUAGAUAUUAUCAAAGCAUGCUCGCUGCUGGACCUUUCAGUGGAAAUGCCUUGCCUUGGACACACAAUCAACCGCGCAAUGGAUGAAGCCUUCCAGCUUCCUCGGGUUAACAGCUUUUUGGGAUGUUGCCGAAAACUUGUUGAUCAUUUCAGAGAACCCGCAAUGUAUCUGCUGAGAGAAAAACAGAAGCAGCAUGGCCUCACCCAGUGUCAACUCCUGACGGACAGGGGUAGGUCGUGGUUGGCCACAUUAGUGAUGUUACAAAGACUGAAAGAGCAACGGGUUGCUUUAACUUCAACACUUGCAGAGAGUUCCAGCAGCCAUCAUUUUAACUUUGGUGGAGCAGACUGGAUUUUAUUGGAGAGCUUGAUUGAAGUCCUCCAGCCUUUUAAAGUUGUAGCUGAUAUGUUCACUUCUUGCAGGUACCCAACCAUUAGCAUGGUGAGGCCUGUACUUCAUAUGCUGUUGAAUACCACCCUCAAAAUCAAAGAAGGGGAUCUCAAAGAGACCAGCAUGACCAAAGAGGUCAUCUUUAAGGUCCUGUCCAGCACCUAUUCACAGAAUUCGCAAAUUUCACAAGAGAUCUCAAUGUUCCUCAACAUUGCCACGUUCCUGGAUCCCCGGUACAAGAAGUUACCUUUCCUUUCAACUCAGGAACGGUCAAAAGUUGAGAGUAACUUAAUUGAGGAUGCAAAGGCAAUCCUUGAAAAGCAGAUUUCAGAGCGAGCAUGUCUCGAUGAUUUAUCCUUGUUGUCUGAUGAGCCGCCUAGCAAAAAAUGGGCACCUCCAGGAGAAUCGUCAGCCAGCAGUUCGACCCAAGUCAACCCUUUGGCUGCCAUAUUUUGCCAGUCUGAAACCGACCAUGGCCAGGAGGAGCUACAUGCUCAGGUGGUAGAGGAGCUUAGCAACUAUAAGUCACAGAGAGUUCUAGGUCUGAAUGAAGACCCAUUAAUGUGGUGGACGGAUCAUGCAGCCUUGUUCCCCACCCUCCCCAAGGUGCUGCAGAAGUACUGGUGUGUUCCUGCCACUAGUGUACCUUGUCACAGGCUGUUCACUUCAUCUGGGGCUUUUCUUUGUGGGAAGAGGAACCGGAUAGCCCCGGCUCUAGUGGAUCAGCAGGUCUUUUUGUAUGAGAACUUGCGGCCCUACUAUGCAGCCGAGCCCUGUGAGGAGGAUUUGAACAAUAGCUGGGAAGAACACUAGUCUGGGCCAUCCUCUGGAGUCAAUGUGGGUUUAAAAUGCAAAAAGGACUGGGAAUUUUGACAGCUUUGUGUGAUCUACAUGCAUGACCUGCUGAAGCAUUACAUUACAAAUUGCACCUUUAAAUAAUCUUUGUCUUAGUUUUGUGUCUUUUAAUCUUUAGUCUUUUCAAGUGUUUUGAUCUAAUGAAAUAAGUUUGACCUAUGUUGCCUCACCCUGCCUUGUAAGAGUAGUGCAAUAUUUUAGGCGGAAUGCUUUCUCUCUUUCUGUGAAUGAGAUGCAAAUAUUGUUUCAAUUGCAUCUCAGAGACAGCGCUCAACCAAGGACAUGUAGCCUGUCCAAAUUUCAAAAUGAUGCCUACUAACACCUUUAAAGCUCCCAGGGAGCCUCAUUUGUUGAAAUUGCAUAUAAACAGAUAGAAAGAAACCAACUGUGGAGCUGUGUUUGUUUAAGAAAUAGUAAAACUAAAACUAUACAUAUCGUUCUCUGAAAGCAGAUCGGCUACAGGCUCAAACUAAAUAUGUUAACAAUUACUGAACGAUUGCCAUUAAAUCUUUUUACCCAAGUUCAGCUGUGUGGACUUAAUGUGUGCGGAUGCUCUGACACAAGAAUGGUCCUCUGAUCAUUUUUUAAAUUCGGGCUCAGGAACCUACAAGAAGGAAAAGAGUGUGAUAAAUAAAUUAAAUCAUAAAUGUUCUUUGCUAUUGAAAUAUCCUAGCCCUGUUGUUUUUUUCAAAUCUGUAUAGAAAAUGUAUUCCACUGUAAUCAAAUUGACGAAUAAGCCACAAUAUGUUCAUGUUGGAUCAAACUAAUCUAAAAGAAUAUUUAUACUCUUGUUGUCACUAUCUACCCUUACCUGCUACAAACAUCCACCUGCUAUGCUGUCAUUGUUUUUCUUUUCUUUUUUUUCCUCCAUUACUGCUUAACAGAAAAAGUGAAAAGCCUUGUCCUGCAGAACACUGGCACAUAUGAAUGUUGUAAAAUGACUUUGUGGAAGUAAAGAUACUGUUUCAACAUU